AUAGACCCAACACAUUGAACACCACCUUAACAUCAAACAAACUACUUCAGACCCCCCACAAACUUAUCUCCUCUUCUCUUAUUUCUACUGCCUUAUCUUAUUCUUCACAACACACACAUACACACAAAAAUAACCACACUCCCAUGGAAGAUCAAAUCCACAACCACACUAAAAGAAUAAACACCAAUUCCACCACGUGCUUAAAACUCUUCGGUUUCAGCGUCCAAGAAGAAAACGAUGACGAAUCACAAGCAACACAACCACUUCAAGACGCGUCCGACUCAGCCGUAAAAGGCAGCACCGGCAACACUUCACCGUCCGGGUCGACCGAAUCCGUCUCUGUAGACGGUGGCACUUCCGGUUUAAAUCCGUCCUCAGGCGAUCGGAAAUACGAGUGCCAAUAUUGCUGUCGAGAGUUUGCAAACUCUCAAGCUCUUGGCGGACACCAAAACGCGCACAAAAAAGAACGCCAACAGCUUAAACGGGCACAGUUACAAGCUACACGAAACGCUGCCGUUUCGUUUGUUAGAAACCCGAUCAUCUCCGCUUUCGCUCCGCCAUCACAUCUGCUAGCUUCGCCGGGACAAGUGGUGAUGCCAGCUACUCCUCCUUCGUGGGUCUACAUGCCUCAACGUACUGCUCCUCCUCCUUUCCACGUGUCAGUUUCACACGGUUGUGCUUUCCCGUCUCCGAACAACAACGGUAUUGGUAACUGCAACGGUGGUGGCAACAAUUAUUUUAGCAUUAUAACAGGUGCAAGAUCCGCGAGUGCAGGUGUCUUACCGUGCGUUGGCGGUGUAGCGGAUUCUUCAACCACAUUGUCGACGAUGGGCUCAGAAGUACAUAGCAUGGCCCAGUUUGGGAAACUUGAUGGGCCAUCUUUGAGUAGGUUCACAAAAGGUGAUGUAGGGCCCAACUUUGAUGAUGGAUUUGGUUUAGAUUUACAUCUUAGCCUAGCCCCGCCUUGAUAUAUCGGCGCAGCUGAAUUCGGCUCGUUUUGAUUGGAUUUAUUUGAAAGUGUGAGUCAAAUGAUGUGAUGGUGUAGCCAUCUCUAGAUUCAAGCUUAAGACGCCGUGGCUAGCCGCUAGUAAUUCAGUUUCACAUCUUGUACAUUUUUUUCUUCCAUUUAUUUGUUUAUUUAAUUUUUUUCCCCUCUAGCAAUUGAUCAAUUUCACUUGGCACGGAUUGCAGUCAUUAAUUUUCUCAAGGACCACAUACAUAUAGACUAGUUUCCUUUUA